CUUGUCGUUUUAAAUCGGCCGAUGCUUAAAAGGCGGGCCGUGGGACGCGUCGGAACUUUCUAACUCAGUCCGACGGAUAGGAGGUGUAAGAGAGCAGGGAUGGAAGGACGGUACGUCGGUGUUUCCUGUCCCCCAUGCGAAACUCCGCGAAGAUUACAGACAAGAGAGUAUCCAGGAAACAUGCUAUUCUGAAAGUAUCUGGAGACCAACUUAGUAUCAAACCGGUCCAUGUAAACCCUUGCUUUUAUCGGCCAUCUGAAAAUAGCCCGUUGUCUCCAUUGGAUACAGAUCAAUGGCACCAGCUGAGCCCAGGUGACCAUUUUUCCCUGUUGGUAGACAAAUAUUUCUUCAGCGUUCUCUUUGUUGCUUCAGAUGUGGAAAGCCUGCCAAGAGAUUUGUUAAUAUGCAACAGGCUCGAUCACAACGUCAGUACAGAAGACAUACCAAAUCAAGCUCCCUCAGCAAUUCAGACAACCGAGAUGCUUCACCGGCAGUCUUCUCUACAGCAAACAGUGUCUUCUGGCACAAGCAAGCUUUUGGAAACACAUUCACUAUUAGAAAAAGUAGUUGAAAGCCCCCAGAAGCUGUCUGCUAGUAAUACUGAAAAUGAAAAUUCAAGAACUGCUCAGAGGAAAAGAGUGCUUCCGUCAUGGAUGGUGCAAGGUCCAUCAGCCUCGAUCCCUGGAAAAGGGAAUAGUGAAGAAACAAUAAAGGAAUCAAGAAAAAAACGAAGAACUACUGAAAGUGAUGAUGUUAUCCUUUCAAAACAGGAUACCCAGAGAAAACCUACUGAACCGGUUGCAAGAAAAACGGAAAAGACUGAUGACAAAAUUGCAACUCAGAUAGCGGAAAGUUCUGUUGAGCAGUGUAACCGGCAGCUUCAGAAUGAAGAGUUGGAACUCAACCCAGAUACAAUAAAUAAAAGGGAAAACAGGCUAGAAAAUGUUGGCUCUAAAACUGAGCAAGUUAAUCAAGAUGAGGCACUGCAAGAUCCAGUUCAGAAGGGUGAGACUCAAGAGCUUGCUCCAGAUCAGACUACUGAAACAGAAACUUCUAAUCUAAGUGAAAACCAAGAUGCACCACUGAGCUCUAACAUAACUGAACCUAAAAGAACACCUUGUGUGUAUGGGAGAACCUGCUACAGGAAGAAUCCUAUACAUUUUCAGCAGUUCAGUCACCCUGGCGAUAGUGAUUAUCAUGACACGAAAGCUGCUACUCAAACUGACGAUGACAACAGACCUGAAUGUCCUUAUGGAACUGCUUGUUACAGGAAAAACCCACAGCACAAGCUAGAAUACAAACACACAGUGCCUCCAGAACCUGCAAAAAAGCAAAUGAGACCAAAGACUACUGAAAAAGACUUUACAGGUGAAAGUGUAUUGGAUCAUGAUAGUGAUAAUGAUGGUGAGCCCAAUGAAUACAACUUGGAUGACAGCUUUAUAGAUGAUGAAGAGGAAGAAUGUGAUCCAACAGAUGAAGACUCUGACUGGGAGCCAGAUUCUCAGGACCAAAAUAAUGAAGACAUUGACACACUUCUAAAAGAAGCACAGAAAUUUGUUGCAACCAAGAAGUAACUGUGUCCAAAUGCACAUGCUUUGAAAUAAUUCAUGACAUUUAAAAGCAUGUAAAUCCCUCUGUAAUACAUGAAACAUAACAACAUUAAUUUGACUUGAGAGUUUUGUUUCAUUCUACUCUUAAAUCAAAUUUAUAUAGAUUCUGUUAAGUAUACCUAACCUUUCUCCAGAUUAUGGCCUUGUGUUUGAGUUGGAGAGAAGAACAUUUGGAAUAUUACUAUAAUAUUUGCCAGUUUAUACUUCAGACCAAGUGCACAAUGUAAUGAAGACAAAUAUAUUGGGCACAAAUCAGCCACAGAGAGCAUUUUUAAGCCCCAUUCACUUCAGUGUGGGAGAAUUAAACAUAUGCUUAACUAACCCCCUUCAAAGUACAAGGGAUUGGAAAAGUUCUCACUUUGGCAGGAUCAUGGCCACUGGGUAGUGGUUUACUCUUCUUGAAUACCGGUUUAGAUGUGUCUGUAACAGACACAAUCAAAUGAAAACGUUUGAGCUAAUAUAUCGUUAAACUAAUGCAUGCAAAUCUUCUUAAACAUAUUUGUUUUAUGCCUAAUAAUAUUGGACUGAAUAUAUUAAGGUUUGGCUGGAGCACUUUAUACCACCGAUUCAGGUCCAAAACUUAGACUUGAUGUUAAAUGCGGUGACAUCUAGUUGCGGUUUAUUUUUUUUACUAUAAAAUGGGUCCGUUGCAGAAAAAGGCAGCUUCAGGGUGGGGUGUGAUUUCAGUGAGAAAAUUGCAUGUAUGUGAAAAUCUUUUCAUGCCACAGUUUGAUCUGGGCUGGGCACCUUUGCAGCUCUGUUUUAAAGUUGUCAUUGGGUUUUUUGUUUGUUUAAGGUCCCUGAACUACACAGUAAUGCAUUUAACAUCAUGUCUAGUCUAGCCCUCUAUGUCUUAAUGCUGGUUACAGCUUUGGGGCUUAUCCUGGGAAAAUCUGAUCUGCAUUCUUAAAGUUUGUAAUAUUUCAUCUUAAAUUAAGAGAAUGGCACAUUGCAUAGAUGGGUCAAUCCAAACAACUUCAGAUUGACAGUUUAAACCAAUUAGUAUUUUGGUUCAUUGAUGUUCAUUGAUGUAUAUUGUCAGGCGGGUAACCAGGCUAUUAACAAUCACUGUCUUUCAUUACUUGUACUAUACCAACUAAUGCUACAAAUAACACUAUUUUUUUGUGUGUGUUUGAGGAAAAUCUUUAUACAUUUAUGCUGAUAGGCAAUUAGGUCCCACAUUUCUUUCCAGUAUUCUAAUUCUUAUGAAAGUGCCUAUAAAGCUUGACGUUCUGUUGA